AUGAGGAUUGGAGAUGGCAAUGAACCUGCUAAAGAGGAUGACAUGGUCAAGAUGCCUGCUGAAAUUGUAAUACCAUGGGAAGGAGAAAGCUCCAUAAAAAAGCUUAUACAACAUACAUUUCCCCAAUUAGAAAACCAUGGAUGGGAUGCUUCAUAUAUGGUGGAGAGAGCCAUACUUACUCCCAAAAAUUAUGAUGUACAUGUGUUGAAUGACAUGAUUAUUAAUAAGUUCCCUGGAUAUGAACAUAUUUUGUUAUCUUUUGAUGAGGUUGAGGGUGAUACUCAUAAUCUAUAUCAACAGGAAUACUUACACACAAUUGCUCCUGGUACUUUACCACCACAUAUUUUAAAGAUAAAAAUAGGGGCUCCUCUGAUGUUAUUGCGUAACAUAGACCCUAAAUUUGAGUUGUGUAAUGGGACAAGAUUGUUAUGUCGUGGUUUUUUUAUGAAUUUGCUUGAUGUUGAAAUACUUACAGGCCACAACGCUGGAAAAAGAGCAUUUUUGCCAAGAAUUAAGCUCAAAACCACUAAUGGUGCAGGACUUCCUUUUGUGCUUAUUAGAAAACAGUUUCCUGUCAAACUAAGUUUUGCAAUUCACUAUAAAUAA